AUGCUAUACUGGAUAGUUGCUCGUUCUACUGUGGCUGAGGGCGAGUUGCGAUGUUUAUUAUAUCCCAUCAUGAUUAAGAACUUUUUGUGUUUGCCUUACGUUGGCCUCGGGUCCCAUAAUCGUAUGCCGUUUCACAUUCCACUGUUCUCACAUUUAUCCAAGUAUCGGGGAAAGGGGUGUAAAACUUAUCACUAG